GAUAGCCAAUUCAGUUUGACGAAAAUCGUCGAUUCGAACGAACGGAUUAUCCAGCGAACCAACGAGAAACCGAAAAAUCCAUCACCAUGAAUUGCUUGUCCGCGACGUUCAAGUACCUGCUGUACUUGCUCAACCUGAUCUUCGUUGCCGGUGGCAUCCUGCUGAUCGUGGUGGGCUCCAUCACGCUUUCGCAGAUGGGUGACUUCAACUCCUUCGACGGCGAAGUCAGCACAGCAACAAUUCCAAUCAUAAUUAUCGUCAUCGGCUGUGUCACCUUCGUGGUGGCCUUCUUCGGAUGCUGCGGCACCAUUCGCGAGAACCCCUGCUGCACUACCAUUUACGCCAUCUGCAUGCUGAUUCUGUUUGGCCUCCAGCUGGCCCUAUCGAUUUGGAUGUUCGCGGCGAACGACAAGUUCAUGACCAACUUGGAAAAGGUGGUGGACAAGGCCUGGAACGAGAAUAAUGCCGCCCAGGGAUAUCCCAUGGAUGCCCUUCAGUUGGCCCUCAAAUGCUGUGGCAAAAACGGAUACAACGACUAUAAUGGCGCUGUGCCAGCCUCCUGCUGCGGCUACAGUGAUCGCAACCAGGCGUGUGAGGCCGACAUCUACUCCCAGCGACCCGGUUGCCAGGCUGAGUUCAUGGACUUCUGGGAAGCCAGCACGGAACUGAUUCGAUGGAGCAGUCUGAUCAUAGCCCUCUUCGAGCUUGGCAUCUUCAUCAUGUCCUGCUGCCUGGCCAGCGCGAUGAGGAAGCGUUAAGAGUGUAAUCUGAGGCAACUUCUUAGCUGUUAGCUAAUAGAUGUAGCCCUGUUCGUAGCAUAAAUUCCAAAACACGUCCAUCACUUACCGUAAAUAAACCGAAAUAGGUUAAGCUCAAAGAAAUACUAUUGGUUAUUCGCUGUCUAUCUUUGGCCACCGCCUAUCUUAUCAGACAAGACAAGUUGAUGUUUUUCCAAAAACUAUGUCCCUAUCAGUCGAUAAGCCCACGGCCACAUUUGUGAGAUCAAAUGCCCUCAGCAAUGAAUCACUCCAUAUGCCAAUUGUUAUCGAUUUCCCCAACAUUCAGGCCCCAUUAUCUAUCCUUCCUUUUGGGCCACGAUUACGAUAUCUGGCACUCGCGUAUCUUUCCGAUAUCGCCCGUGUCUGUUGGACAAUUUAAAAACGGUAGCCCAUAUGGAAGACCAGUCCAAUCGAACGACAGUAAGCGACGCGAAUACGCGAUAAAAUCACAGCAAAUCAGAGCUUCUCUCGGAUAACAUUAUCCAAAUUGUAUUACUUGUAAAUUGAAACAAAAAAAAGUUUUUAAAAUGGGUUGUCUAUCGGGAAUAGUCAACUUCAUUUUAUAUAUUGUUAAUGUCGUGUUUUUGGUAAGUGUUUGGAUAAUUUGGAUAAUUUGAAUAGCUACGGAAACAAGGACAUUUGUAAAAUUCCAAAUAAAAAUAAAGUGACCUAAGUCUA